AUGCCAUGUGCUCGCCGCCGCCGCUGCGGCGCGUCGCCCCGCGGCCCCGCAUGCCCGCUGUUGCUGUCGCUGCCGCCACUACAGUCCCGCCGAGGGCAGGCGGAGGGGACUGCGCCGCCGGGAAAGCUCUCCCGCCCCCGCCCGCUGCGCUCUGCCCGCCGCGCACGCCGCCCGGGGCUUUAUCCGGCGGGCGGGGCCGGGGCCGCCCCCGCGCCGCUCCCCCCGCCCUUCCCCGGUCCUGGCGCGCGCGCGCGCGGGCUCGCCCGGUACCGGCCCGGCCCUCGCCCGGCGCGCGCCGCUCUGAUCUCGCCGGGCGGCCCCGGCGGCGCGCACGUCACGCGGGGCGGGCACGCGCGCGCCGGCGGCGGUGCCCGCUCCCCGUCCCGACAGUCCCGUCCCGCGCGCCGCUCCCGGAGCGGCCGGUACCGGCUCCCGGCGGGGGGAGGCGGGAAACCUGCCCGUGCCUGGGAAUGGGCUGGGAGCACUGGGGUGAGCCAGUGCAUUAUUCCGGGAGCACUGGAGGGAGUGAAACCGGGAGGGAAGGAAAAACUUAGGGAGAAGCCAGAGAAUAAUAUUGGAUGCGUUGGGAGGGAACUGGGAGCGCUGGUGGAGAGCCAGGGAGUGGCACUGGGGGGAGUAGGAGGGGAACCGGGAGCACUGAGGGUAGCCACGAAGCGAUAG